AUAUGUUCAACUUUACCUGUACAGUUCACUACUUACCUACUUAACAUUUCCGUUUAUUUCAAACAGCUUAUGGUCAUUUAACGUGUACCAUUGCGGAAUUUCUUAUUAGUUCUUAAGUAAUGUUACAAACAUAUUUUGUAAUUUUUUACUAAUAUUAUAAUUAUAUGAUAAUAUGAUUUUUAUUUUUUUUAUAUUGUAAAUUUGUAAAUAAGUGAUAAGUGAAAUUUUUGUGACGUUUAUGGAUUUAUUUAGAAAGAUUAAUAACAUAAUCUUUCAGGAAACGAUGGAAAGAAAAAAAUCCUCGAUUGAAUCUGGUAAAGAUACUGACUAUGGAACCGUUAAAUAUGAAGAUGAACUUGUAUCUUCCUGGAAAUUUUGGAAAAAAAGAAGAUAUGUAGUCGCAAUAUUAACAUUUCUCGGAUGUUUUACGUCUUAUAUUCUUCGAGUAAAUUUAAGUGUAGCCAUCGUUGCGAUGACUGCGGAAGUUCGCAAAAUUGAUAAAAAUGGAAAUGAAUAUUUUGAAAAAGAAUUCGACUGGGAUUCAAAAACACAAGGACUAGUUUUAAGUUCUUUUUUCUAUGGAUAUAUAAGUACUCAAUUACUUGGAGGAUUGCUUAGCACGCGUAUUGGCGGGAAAAAAGUUUUUGGUUUUGGAAUUGCAAUUACUGCUUUUCUUACAAUUAUCACACCACCUUUAGUUAAAGUGAGCGUUUACAUUUUGCUCGCUUUGCGAAUUAUAGAAGGAAUUUGUGAGGGUGUAACAUAUCCUUGUAUACAUGCAAUAUGGGCACAAUGGGCACCUCCAUUGGAAAGAUCAAAAUUAGCAACCAUUACAUUCUCCGGAAGUUUCUUUGGAACUGUAUUUGCCAUGCCAGUUGCCGGAUUGAUGACUGAAUAUCUUGGUUGGCCUUCUGUUUUUUAUGGUUUUGGAGGAGCUGGUCUUAUUUGGUUUUUUUAUUGGUGGAUAGUCAUCAAAGAUAGACCAGAGGACGAUAAAUCUAUUUCAAAAGCUGAACUUGAAUAUAUUAAAAAUAGUCUUGGAAAUUUGAAAGAAGAAAAAAUUAAACAUCCAUGGAAAGCUAUGCUUACAUCUCCACCAGUUUGGGCAAUUAUCGUAGCUCAUUUUAGCGAAAAUUGGGGUUUCUAUACUAUGCUUACUCAGUUACCAACAUUUAUGAAUGAUGUACUUGAUUUUAAAUUGGACAAAACUGGAUUUUUAUCUGCAUUACCAUAUUUAGCUAUGACUUUCGUCGUUCAAUUUUCUGGACAUUUAGCAGAUUAUUUAAGAGUGAAAAAAAUUUUAACGACUACACAGGUGCGUAAAUUAUUCAAUUGCGGGGCUUUUUUAUUUCAAACUAUAUUUAUGACCUGUACAGGUUUCAUUUCAACAACAGCAGGGGUUGUUAUUUCUAUUACUAUAGCUGUUGGUCUUGGUGGCUUUGCAUGGUCCGGUUUUGGAGUAAAUCAUUUAGAUAUUGCUCCUAAGCAUGCAAGUGUGCUUAUGGGAAUAGGAAAUACUUUUGCCACAUUACCUGGAGUUGUAAGUCCUAUUAUUACUGGAUAUAUUGUUCAAAACAAAAGUCCUGAAGAAUGGAGAAUAGUUUUUAUCAUUGCUGGUGCAAUUUAUUUAAUAGGAGCUGUAAUAUAUGGUUUAUAUGCAUCUGGUGAGAAACAAAAAUGGGCACAAGAAAAUGAAAAGGAAAACAUAGAAUCAAAGAGAUCUUAUGAUAAUCCAGCAAUGGAAAUAGAUAAUUUAUAACAUAAAAAAAUUUUAUUGGUAAUUACAUUAGUAUUUAUGAUACAUUUAGAAUCAUUGAAUAUUUGAUUAUAUUUAUAUUUUUAUUGUAUAUACAUGUUACAAAUUAUUUUUUUACCUAAAUUUUUAAAUUUUAAAUUUUUAUGAAUAAAAAAAUUGAACACAAAAGAUUUUAUCAAAUAUAUGUAUAUAUAAAAUAUAUAUAAAAUAUUACAAAAUAAACUAUUUUAAU